AAGAAUUAAUUUGGACAAAUUCAAAGGCGAUUUUCUCAGUAUUUUGAUAUGAGUUUGCAUCCUCAGAUUACAGAUAUUCAAAUAGUUGUAUCUCGACCAAAUAUCGUCCUAUCAUAAUAAACCAAUCAAUGGAAAGCUUAUUUAUUCAGCUUUCAGAUGAUGUAUAAAUCCAUAUUUUAAAAAACUGACACAAAACCCUGGUUUUGUGGUCCAGGGUCACAUAUAGAAAGUGGAAAGUAGACCGAAAUCAUGAGAAGACAGAGGGUGGGUAAAAGGGUGUAAUUGAUAGGAUCCAGUCUCCAAUGAGCACAGCAACUCAACAUGUUGCUAGAGUGCUGACCACUAGAUCUCUGCUUAUUUGCAGCCUUUUCGAAAUGUUUUUUUUUUUUUUUUUUAAAUAUGCAAAAAAAUACAGUUUUUCCACUGUCACUACCAUAAUCUUAUUGUAUUAGUAUCAGGUUUAGUUCCUGAAUAAUAAUUUCAAAUAUUCAGGAAACAAUAUACCUAAUUUUGAUAAUAGAUUUUCCUUUCCACAUCUGUUAUCCAGUUAAUUAUUCUUCAUCUUGCCAACUGCAAAAGACGACCUGCUCAUCUCCAUAUCCAAUAGCAACUGAAGUGUCUGCUCUUAAGCCAGCCGAAGAUCUGACAGCUCUCAUGAAUAUGCAUGAUGUCAGCCUGGCUGAUUGACAAAGGUUGUCAUAUAGUUUAGAGAAGGGUCACAAUACAAGCACUUUCUCUCUCACCCACACAAACUCCUUCAUGACCCCUGUUUUAAAAAGCCAAAUGCCGCAAUCAGGCCAAACCUUUUUAAGCUGAUUGGUUUCGGGUAUGUCAGCCCAAUGUAUUACGAAUGUUUACGACCAGGCUGAAAUAAACCUGACUGGAAUUCCAAUUACCUUGCACAUGCACCUUAAGUAGCACUUGGAUUUAUUUUCUUGGAGUUGAGAAGUGUUUGCAUUUUAAUUAUUUUAUGCAAGUGAGUUGAUUUUUCAGAUCAAAAGGUAAAGGAAACCAGUGGAUUUGCAGAAUUUUUUUUUUUUUUUUAAAUUAGCAGGUUUUUGUCCAUUAUUAUUCCAUUAGGGGCCUUAUUAUUGUCCUUUUCUAUAGUGCCAUCGUAACAGGCUUAUAUAUAGUGACUGCAUCACUCAAAUGGAUCAAUACAUGCCCUGCACAUCCCUCAGGAGCUGAACUGCUGCCUCAAAGGCGAGACAGUUGUGUCAUCAUGAUGUAACUGCACCAUAGGAGUCACGAUCAUGUGAGAGUGUUGACAUCAGAGUUAGAAACAAAUGAGAAUCUGCGCACAACCUCAGCAUAUGACUUCAAUAACCCUCUUUCGCAAUGUGAGAAUAAUAGAGCAAUCGCUUACUGACGCUGGAUGUGUAGGGACUGGCGUCACCUUGCUCUAUUAAGCUUGACUGUCCUCCUAAUACACAGGGACUUGGUCUGUGUUGAGGUUGGUAGCUUGUUUCCAGACAUGAGAGCACAGGCACUUGUUCUCUCCGUCUCUCUCUAUCUGUGCCACUCUUUCAUUCACCCUCAGUGAGUGCACAUCUGCACAUGUUCAUCUCCCACUUCAAGCUCCAGCUUUAUUUUCACCCCUGGAUUACUCGUCUAUUACAAAGAUGACAUGCCACUGGAAGCUAUUGGAAAACUAGAACUGCAACUGGUUUAAAGGAGAAGUCAAAGAAGAAAUCAGCUCCUAUGAUCCACUGAGCCGACGCGACAUUAGCCUCUCAACGGUCUCACCACUUAAAUCAUGGAGGACUCGACAGAGGUGCGGACGGACGGAAACUCUUUGCUUAAAGCAGUGUACCUGUGCCGUCUAAGGUUGACGCGUCUGCUGCUGGAAGGAGGGGCUUACAUUAAUGAGAGUAAUGAGAGAGGAGAAACUCCACUGAUGGUGGCCUGCAAAAGCCACCAUGCCGAUGCUCAGAGUGUGCCAAAACCCAAGAUCAUCAGGUAUCUUCUUGAAAAUGGUGCGGACCCAAACAUUCAGGAUAAGUCUGGUAAGACCGCCCUAAUGCAUGCCUGCAUAGAGCGGGCAGGCGAUGAGGUGCUGUCGCUUCUGCUCUCCAGUGGAGCUGACCCUAGUUUGGAGGACCACAAUGGUUCCUCCGCUCUGGUCUAUGCAGUUAAUGCUGGAGGCAAGGAUGCACUGAGAGUACUACUGGAUGCCUGCAAGGCCAAGGGCAAAGAAGUUAUCAUCAUUACAACAGACAAACUACCGUCCGGAAGACAAAUGACCAAGCAGUAUCUGAACGUACCGCCUCCUCCAAAUCUUGAGGACCGUUUGCACUGUGCCGCUGCGUCAUGUAUGUGUCCUUCUGAAAUUAAACUCUGUACCCCUCUUAUCUCACCAUCCACCAAUAACAAAUCAGAUACCCUGGGAUCCACAUCAACACUGUCCACAUCCAAGCAAGGACCACCGACUCUAGAUUCAAGCCCUCUGCAAGCAGCUAGUGUGGCAAAGCUGUUGCAUCUACAGAGGCUUCACUCUGAGCCCUGGCUGAAGAUCCCUCCAUCUCUGCUCCUGCAGCAAAGUAAGUCCUCAUCCUUAACCGAGGAGCUUCUAGAUAUCACUCCUGAAGAAGAGCUCUCUUUUGGUUACAAUGGUUGCAGACCUCCACUGAGAGCGACAGUAGCUCGGCACCAAAGCAUCGACGUCAAGGACUCUACUGGUCUGUUUAGAGCCUUUGAGACAACAUCUGAUGCUGAAAGAGAACUAACAAAAGAACAGAAAUGGCUCAGCAGAAAGAUGUCUUAUGAUGGUGAAUUGCUACCACACUCCUUCUCACAUCAGAACCUCAAACAGACAUCCAUCUCAGAUGCUGCCCCUGUGGACCGGAACCCAGACUGUCUUCCCAACCUGGCCGUUUCAAGCCUACGCAACGUGUUUCGCCGGCGCAAUAUUGGAAUGGACCACUACAGUUCUGACUCUCAGUUGCCUCAAUUUGGAAGCCAACCCUCUGAGGACCUCGGGAAGACUGGAGGAGGAGGAACCGGGGGGACGGAGAAACGCAAGCUUGUUACCAGCCGCUCCUCCACUCUCUCUGGAUCCAGAGAGUCUCUGGAGAGUCUCGUUCAGAGGAGGAGCCCAGCCAUGCUGGAGCGGAGGGGAUCCGGAGCCCUGCUCCUAGAUCAUAUCUCACAGACCCGGCCUGGUUAUCUGCCACCUCUCAAUCCACAUGCACCCAUUCCAGAUAUUAAAGUCAAUACCAGUGUUGGCCUGAACAGUGUAAGCAAGCCUCUGGCAGGAACUACACCCAUUGUUUCUGGAUCUAGGCAUUUUGUGCCCUGUGCCCCAAGCCAUCCCAAAGAUCACAAGAAUAAGAAGAGUCUGAUAAGACGACACUCCAUGCAAACCGAACAGAUCAAGCAGCUGGUCAAUUUUGAGGAGAUCUUUGGUCAGUAAAAACCCCAAAGGAAGGUUGGGGUAUUUAAUGUAAUAUGCCAACCUACACUAAGGCCCCGUCCCCACGGAGAUGCGUUUAGCCAUAUACGCAUCUUUUUUUAUCAUAAAGACAUUUCGUCUAGAUGAAUGCGCCGUUUUCUGAGAGUGAAACCGAUAUUUUUUGAAACCGGGUCCCAGAGUAGAUAAAUCUGAAAACGCCACCCUUGCAUUUUCGUGUGUACAGCCAAUCUGUAUACUUUCUGAAAUGAUAAUAUCAGCACACAUCUCACCCCUAGUCAGACACCGUUACGUCAACAAAAACAUGAACAAACACUGAACGAUUGUCUUUUAAUUAACAUUAACCCACAUUUAUACAUUUAUUGUUCCAUGUUCUUUUGUAUACCGCACGCAAUGUUUAUGCGCAUAGUCCAAGUCCUCUCUGUUUUUAGUGUAUCUUUGUGGCAGAAUUACAGUGCUACAUGCUGGUCUGACAAGUAUACUACUUUGUUUUGUGUCGGUUUUGUGUGGACGCAGAUAUUUCUUGAGAUGAUGGGAAAA